AGCGGUUCGUCUCGACCAGAUUGGCUGCCCGCACCCAGUCGCUGCGACCACUGCGACCACUGCUUUUCCUAAAUUUGAUACAUAUCUCCUACAAACGUCACUUGGGGGAGCCACCUACCCAAUUACUAAUAAUAAUAAUCGACCUCGCUUUCGCAGCCUCAGCUAUCCUCCCCUUCCCAUCACACAGUUGACGGGAUUGCUUUUCAUGCUAUUUUGCGCGGCCUUUCGUCUGGCCAGCUCCUCUCACCAUGGGCAACGUGAGCAGCCGACCUGAUGACGGCGCAGCCAUCUACUUGAGGGAUCAGAACCGAUUAUCGAUCGCCUCCCUUGUCAUCACUUGCCCUCGAAAGCGCACCUCGACGACGAUAGUUCCCAAUGCAUUUCCCGCUACCCGGGCUACAGCCACGCGAAACUCGGGCGAUGCUGGCCCGGUAGACUUCAUCCAGGAUCCCGAGCCUUCAGUCACACCGAACUUCCUUCUCAAACUCAACAAUGACGACGAGCUCGUAUUCAACUUUACCUUUGUCAUCCGCCAAGAAGAGGGUAGCAGCGGUGCCGACACAUUGAUCAACGGCUUAACGUUUGUCUACGCUUCGACCGCCAGAGAGCUCGAGAAUCUUGUUACUCGAGAGUUCCACGCCGACCCGAAUCUACACAAAAAUGCGAACGUCGAAUUGGUGGGCGACUAUGCCACCGGUGGGAGUCCUUCGGUGACUUUCGAGUGGUCGUGGAAGUGGAAGCCACCAAAGUCGGCAGAAGACGGGGGAGGGGGGUGGAGGAAUGUUUGCAGCUUUGUCGAAUAUGACCAGAGAGCACACCGGUUGGAUACCCUAGCUAGGUUUUCCUAUUGGGUGGCCAGUACCUCGCCUUUCCAGAGCCAUCCCAAUUCUCCGUCUCCAGCCUUCCAGUUAGCGGUGCCUCCGAGGAUCCGAGCUCCGUCGGCCCAGUCCGUCGAGUCUCGCAUCAGCGAACAAGAGGAACCGUGCUCCCCUCUCACCUCCCAUCAUGAUCUACUAGCCGCCGCGCCCACCAUCGUACAAAAUUCGCGAGAAUCCGUCAAGGUCGAUGUGUCAUGUCCCCGACCUGGCGAAGACAUGACCGUAAGCGACGAUGGCCCAGUGUUCCGGGCCACCAUUAAAGCACUCGAACAGAAGACGGGCAAUAUGAGAACGCAGAUGAAGAAAGUAUUGAGGAAGGCCGAACAUGCGCACACGGCACAGAUCGAGGCAAACGAGGCACUCGUGGGCUUUAUGGAUGCCCUUCGGGAAGCAUCCGCGACGAACGCCAAUGCGGUUCAACCCGCUCUGGACAAUUAUUUCGACAAGAUCGCCAAGGAGAUCCUUUCUUACGAGCGGCAGAACGCGGUGAAUCUGCAAAAGAUCAUUAUCGAUCCUAUCAGCAAACUGUAUACGUACGACAUCAAACAGGCGGAAUCGAAGAGGCGCGAUUUUGAGGAGGAAAGCAAGGACUACUACUCUUACGUAUCUCGGUAUCUUGGCCAACGUCAAGACUCGGUGAAGACCAAGAAGCUCGCAGAGAGCGAUACUAAGUACCAGACGAAAAGGCGGAAUUUCGAGCUCAAGCGGUUCGACUACUCGUCAUUUAUGCAGGAUCUACAUGGCGGUCGCAAAGAGCAGGAGGUUUUAUCCCAUCUCACCAAGUUUGCUGACAUUCAGGCAAGAGGUUUCUUAGCCACAGCCCAGAAGGUCGAGGGACUCCUGCCGCAGCUGGAGGCCCUAGCUAGCGAGGUGCAAGAAGCCAACAAGGAGUUCCAGUACCAGCGGCGCGAACGGGAGGAGAAGAGGCGCGUGUUAGAAAAGAGCAAUCUCCCGUACAACGAACCAGACACCAUCACCUCAGCAAUCCAAGUGACCCCGAACCACACCUCCAACGGCAACCAGCAGAACUCCGAUUCCGAGUUAGGCCGAGCAGACAGCGCCGGGUCUCGACUAAAGGCGGUUGUGACGACCGACUCAGGGUCCACAGCCGCGGUCGGCACGGAUCUUUCGAGAUCCCCCGGGGGGCUCGGGCAUGCUGCGCUGCACAGCCCCGCGCAGUCCUCGAAGUUCAAGGGCAUACGUGACCUGGAGGAGAGAGAUCUAAGCCAACUCACCAAUGCGGAGAAGAAUUCGACGCAGCGAAAAGAAGGUCUCCUCUGGUCCUUGAAUCGGCCAGGCGCUCACGUAGAUCCCUUAUCAUUGAACAAGCAGGGUUGGCAUAAGUUCUGGGUCGUUCUAGACCAGGGCAAGUUGUCGGAAUAUAGUAACUGGAAGCAAAAGCUUGAUCUCCAUAUGGAGCCCAUAGACCUCCGCAUGGCGUCUGUCCGCGAAGCAAGAAACGCAGAGCGAAGAUUCUGCUUCGAAGUAAUCACCCCUCAGUACAAAAGAGUGUAUCAGGCAACUUCUGGCGAAGAUAUGAAUAGCUGGAUACUCUCCAUCAACAACGCCCUCCAGAGCGCGGUUGAGGGACGCGGCCUGAAAGAGAUGCCGGCAUCCACCGGAGAGUCGACCAGUCUUAAACGCGAUAUCGGAUCGAUCCUGAUGGGGAAGAGCAGCUCGCUGAACCAUGGAUCCUACGGGGCCCACGGGGCCCACGGGGCUCACGGCUCUAAUACUGCUGUUAGUUCCGCUGUGCCCUCUCGUCGCACCACGGUUGGAGCGCGGCCGGCGAACCCACGAGCGCCUAGCAGCAACUACGAUGACAACCCAGAUAAGCUCCUACAAAUGCUCCGCGAUAACGACCAGGGCAAUUGUUGGUGCGCGGACUGCGGUAGCGGGUCAAAGGUUGAAUGGGUUUCUAUAAACUUAGCCAUCAUAUUGUGCAUCGAAUGUAGCGGCAUCCACCGGUCACUCGGGACGCACAUCAGCAAGGUUCGGUCGCUCACCCUCGACAUCACCUCGUUCACGCCCGACAUCAUCGAACUACUGCUCCUGGUCGGAAAUAGGGUCUCGAAUAUGGUUUGGGAGGCUAGGCUUGACCCGACACUCAAGCCGGGGCCUCAGGCCACGCGGGAGCAACGUUUGAAGUUCAUUACGGCCAAGUACGUGGAUAGAGCCUUCGUGGAACCUAUUUCGGCAACCUUAUCCCGGUAUCCGAGUGCCGACGAGACGCUCCUCGCGGCCAUCAAGCGCAAUGAGAUCCAGCAAAUCAUAUAUGCGUUGGCGCUGAAGGCGAACCCGAAUGUUCUCGACAAAGUCCGGGGGACUCACCCGGUCUUCCUAGCUCUCGCUGCGGCGGACCCCGCAUCGCCGUCACCUACUACGCCCCAAGGCGGACGUCCAGACCCAGAGCCUCGCUCCAUCCCGUUCCCGGUCGCGGAAAUGCUAAUACAGAACGGGGCGGAGACGCCGACCACGAUGCCUGCUUUCCCACUGAGCCAAAGCGCUCAGAUGUAUCUCGAGCAGAAGCGCGGCCGAAGCGCGGCCAUCGAGGCCUCGGGUUCGCCGUUACCCAAGAGCUUGAGCCCUACCCCGAGCGAACGCCUCCAGCGGGAGAAGGACGCCCGCCUGCACAAGCGCAUCAGCGCCGGUGGACGCCUGGCCAGGUCGCCGAUUCCCGAACGGUAGAUCCGGCGGAAAUCGAAUACGUCUGCCUCAUCUUCCUCUCCUUCGCGGUCACAGUACUAU